UUUGUUUCCUAGUCUCUUUUUUAAAAAUGUCAAGGUUACCAAAAGAACUGCAAUACAAUCCUAUGGAAAAAUAUAAAGAGCUUUCUUGUAAAAUAUUCAAUGCUCCUCUAAGAUAUGUACAAGGACCUUGUGCACUACAAUAUAUAGGCUUGUAUAUUCAACCAUUUCAAUAUCAUACUGUUAUCGUGGUGUUAUCUCCCAAUCGGCUCAAAGACCAAGGAAAGACCAUACAAGAAUCACUACAAAAAUAUAAGGCGGCACAAGUUGUGGAGUUUUUGGAGUUCCAUGGAGAAUGCACAUGGGAGGAGUUUACAAGAAUCAACCAGAAAAUAGAAACACUACAUGUGACAAACAGUUAUUGCUUGGUGGGAGUUGGAGGUGGAACAAAUAUCGACUGUGUUCGUGCCAUUGCCUAUUUGAGAAAUGUAUCCUUCGUUUCAGUGCCUACAUUAGCAAGUAAUGAUGCACCGUGCUCCGCUCUAUCUGUCUUCUAUACUCAACAAGGUGAAUUCUUAGAAUAUGUAUUUUAUCCACGUAAUCCAUCUCUAGUCUUGGUAGAUACUGAUAUUAUUACAAAAGCACCAAAGAGGUUUUUUGUGAGUGGUAUGGGAGACGCUAUGGCAACCUAUUAUGAGGCAGCUUCUUGCUGGAAAGCAGAACACGCAGUUACUUGUGCAGGUGGAAGACCAACUGCAACAGCAGAAGCAUUGGGGAGACUCUGCAGAGAUCUUCUCUUCACAUAUGGAAGACAAGCAGUAAAAGACUUGAACUGCCAACCACUUCAAGUCACGGAAGCCAUCGAAAGAGUUACGGAGGCCAAUACUUUACUCAGUGGACUGGGUUUCGAAAGUGGAGGUUUAGCAGCUGCCCAUGCCGUUCAUAAUGGCCUUACAGCACAUCACGCCACUAAGACAAAAUAUCACGGUGAAAAAGUAGCGUUUGGUACUUUGGUUCACUUGUGCCUGGAGAAUGACUUACAGGAAGCUUUCAGAGUAGCACAAUUCUUUUAUGAUACCGGACUACCAGUAACUUUAGAAGAACUUGGAAUCAAAGAAAAUGACGUUGAAGGUAUCAGAAGAGUUGCAGAACGUACGUGUGCCAAGGUGAGUCAAAAUUGGAAUCUCAACAAGGCCAACUCAUUUCUUUCUUAGGGAGAAACGGUUUAUCAUUUGUCCAUUGCUUACGAAAUCAGUCCCGAUUUGGUUUAUCAGU